GGAACAACACUGGAUUUGUUAUGGAAGUGGCAAAGGAAGUCGGUGGCAUGAUCGUAUUUAUCGAGCAUCGUUAUUACGGAAAAUCAAUACCGUUUGGAGCUAAUUGGCGACAAGAUUUGAACUACCAAUUCUUGACAGUUGAUCAAGCUCUGGCAGAUUACGCAGUGAUCCUGUCCGUGCUGAAAAAAGACUUGGGAAAUCCCAAUCGGAAAGUGAUUGCGUUUGGUGGCAGCUAUGGUGGCAUGCUGACAGCAUACAUGCGCUUCAAGUAUCCCAACAUCGUGGACGGUGGAUUGGCAGCCAGUGCUCCGAUCUUUCCCAUGGGCAAGUACGAUUUCUUCCGCGCUGUUACUGAUGACUGUCACCGCUAUAACAGCUUGUGCCCAGUCAGGGUUCGUAGUGCUUUCACCGGCAUUCUAAAGCUUACGGAGUCUGUGUCUGGCCUGGAAAAGUUGAAGGCAAAAUUCCACCUCUGCUCAAAUAUAAGUGCCGACAACCUGCAGCACUUCCUGCUCUGGAUCCGUAAUUCGUUCACGAUCAUGGCCAUGGUGGACUACCCGUAUGCAGCCAGUUUCCUGGGCAACUUACCCGCAUACCCUGUCAACAGGGCAUGCGACAAGAUCCUAGCGGCAGAUGACGCACUGGAUGGCUUAGCAGAUGCGGUGGCUAUGUUCUACAACUCGACCAGUGGCCCUGUACAGUGCUUUAACCCUGCCACGGAAUUCAUGGCGUGUGCCGACGCCACUGGUUGUGGCAAGAUGUCGCAGUGGGACAUUCAGGUGUGCUUACAGGUCCGCUUCCCGUCCGGUACCAACAACGUCACGGAUAUGUUCCCGCCGUUUGCUCCCUGGGCGCCAUCUGACUAUGAGGCGUACUGCACUAAGAAGUAUGGGCCGCUGUCUUACUCACAUGACUUCUUCAGCAUAGAUUUCUGGUCGGACAGCAUCGCUGCUUCGUCCAAUUUGAUCUUUUCUAACGGUGACCUUGACCCAUGGCAUACCGGUGGUGUGCUGAAGAACAUCGAUCAUGCUCCUAGCAUUGUACCCAUCCUCAUCAAGGGUGGUGCCCAUCAUCUUGAUCUACGCGGACACCAUGAGGACGACCCGGAAAGCGUUGUCGACGCCAGGAACCUAGAAGUACGUAUCAUCAAGUCUUGGCUGGCUGCUGAACAGUUGUCAACAGCAGCUACUGGUCCGAAGUAACCAGCGCACCCCUGGACAGGUGUGCACGUUUUGACUAUUUCUUAAGACGCUUGUCAAACAUGCAGACUUCAAUUCAAAUUUUCCCUGUCAUACUAACUGUAUUGAACUCUAGUUCUGCUCCAAUUUUAGGUCGUACGUACAUGUAUUCACAUAAUUAUUGUUUUGUUUUUUAAUGUGAAAUACGAAUUCACACAUACAUGUAAUAA